CGAUUGUAUAAAACCUUCUAUGUACCGUACGUGACCAUCUCUUCUGACCGGAUUUGUGUUUAUACUUUCACAUUUUCUGGCAAGUUGAGAAGACGAUGCCGCUGGGAUGUAGAAAAUCGGGCUUUUAAUGUGUUUUCCUAUGUUCGCAUAGGCGGCUGGAAAGUGCUCCAGUAAUUUGGGGAGGAUCAAGAUUCGCCGUUUCUCCACAUAACGCAGUCUAUCACUGUGCCUGGUUUCUGAAGACGCUUUUUAAGGAGUUUACAGUUGUUGUUGCUGUAUGUUCUGGAAUCGCCGAAUCACACCCGGUUCUUUUGGGCAUUAAUUUUGAUUUGGGGAAAGGAGCGAGCUACCCCCAACCCCCACCCUCUCACCAAACAAAAGUAUUACGUUUCUCAUAUGGCACGAAAAGUCAUGAAGGCAGUGUCGCCACACUUCUAGGGUCUGAAAAGAAUGUCAUCAGAGGACAAGAGUCUGGAGCCCACUGAGCAAGGACAGUCUCCUUCCCGCCACAGCACUGCGGACGCGCCCGGCGGCGGGGCCUCACCCCCCGGGAGUCCCGCCCCCAGUGGCCCCAGUCGUCCCCGGGGCCGGCCUCGUAAGGAUGCCGCCUCUGCCAUCCAUCCACCCCGGCCCAAAAGGAAGAUUCGCAGUCGAGGCCGGGCGCAGGCAGAUGAUGAGAACAGCAUGGAUGGCAGUGAGCGAGCAGACACGGAGCCUCUCGACGACAUGGAAGCGGCAGAGCUGGAUCUUGACCUGGAGGAGGAGGAGCCUCUGCGUCCGCUGCUGUUUUGCCCGGGGGAUCUGGACCCCCUCUCGCCGCUCUUCCAGCGUUCCGUGUCCGAGGACUCGGCCGGCUCCUCGGCCUCAGCCUCUGAAAACGCCAAAACCAGUGAGAGGUUGUGUGCCUUCUGCUACUGUGGGGAGAGGAGUGUGCUCGGCCAGGGAGAGUUGAAGCUCUUCGGGCCCACGCCGGGUUACGUGCCCCUCCACAUCCGCAACCGGCACGGCAGCUCGGAGAACCACGACGACGACUACCAUGACGACGCCGAUGACGAUGAUGACAACAAUAACGACUUUGAAGACAACGACCACCAACCCGCGAGCCCUGGCCAGGGAGGCAGUGGUCUGAAAAAGAUCAGCUCACCGGACAGUGGGCUACACUCGUCCUCGGCGCCGGGCAGCUCGGACCCGUUCGGAGAGGAGCCGACGCGGCGGCCCUGGGACGAGCUGGGCCAGAUCGGUCUCCCUGACGACAUCAACGUCCAGUCGCUCUUCGACCCCACUGGCCAGUGUUGUGCCCACCUGCGCUGCGCGGCCUGGUCAGACGGAGUGUGUCGCACGGAAGGACAGGUGCUGCUGUAUGUGGACAAAGCAAUAGACUCAGGGAGCACAGAGUUCUGUGCAUACUGUAAGCGCCUUGGAGCAUCCAUUAAGUGCUGUGAGAGUGGCUGCGUCCGCUCCUACCAUUUCCCCUGCGCCGCGGCCGCGGGAGCCUUCCAGGACAGCCGGCAGUACACGCUGCACUGCCCCGACCACCUCGAACAUGCCCUCACACACUCUAAGGAUGCGGUGAGGUGUCUGGUGUGUGAGAGGGCUGGGGAGCUGCAGGACCAGCUCUUCUGCAGCUCUUGUGGCCAGCACUACCACGGCUCCUGCCUGGAGGUCCCCGUCACGCCCCUCAGGCGCGCCGGCUGGCACUGCCCCGACUGCAAGCACUGCCUGGCCUGCAGGAACCCGAGGGAUGACAACAAGAUGCUGGUGUGUGACAUGUGUGACAAAGGCUACCACACAUACUGCUUGCAGCCUGCCGUAGACGCCGUUCCCACAGGAGGCUGGCGGUGUCAGAACUGUCGGGUGUGUGGCCAGUGUGGCUCCCGGGCUGCCGGUCAGUGGUCGUCCAACGGGCAGCUCUGCGAGGAUUGCCAACGGCAACCGGACCCGGCCAAUCCCUGCCCUCUCUGUGGGAGGAGCCUAGCUGCUGAAACCCCCAAGGACCUGCUUACCUGCCACACAUGCAAGAGAUGGGUUCACGUGGAGUGUGAGCGGCAGGGUAAGGAGGCAGACUGGGAGCCGCGAUCGCACCCCACCGGCUUCCUCUGCUGCGUCUGCAGGCAGGCCGAGACGGAGGCGGAGGCGGAGGGCGGACUGCAGGCCCCGCAGGACAGGGACAGCCACAGCACAGCGCAGUCACCCAGUCGGCACCCUCUCUCGCCCCUGCCCAGCGACCCCAACGCCUCAGAUGUCUUCAUGGCAGUGGAGGAUGAUGAUGAGGAGGAGGAGAAGGUGGACGUGGAGAUGGAGCAGCAAGACAUCGUGGAGGAGGAGGAGGUGGGGGUCAGAGAGGAGCAGGUGGAGGUGGAGGCACAGACGGAGACUGAGGAGCUACAGCAAGAACCGCAGGAGGAGCAGAAGGCCGAGUCUCAACUGCUAGUAGAGGAGAAGGAGGAGGAGAAUCAACAGCAGGAGCAGGAGAAGGAGGAGACGCAUCAGGAGCAGACACAGAAGCUGGACGAGGAGCAGGAUGUGGAGCAUGACUCAGAGCAGCCAAAGGAUGAGGGUGAGGAUGAGGAGGAGGAGGAGGAGGAGGUAGUGGCUGAGGUUGAGAACAAAGAGGAGAAGGAAGAACAGGUAUCAGUGGAGAUGCAACGGGGCAUGAAUGGAUCAGCCACUGGGCAUGAGGAGGAGCUGGUGGAGAGCCCUUUGGUGCGACCUGAGGAGCAGCUGCCUGCUGUGAAAGAGGAAUGUGAGCCACAGACUGAGGAGAAGGAGGAGGAGAUGGAGGAGGAGCAGAGAGAGGAGAAGGGAAGGGAGGAGGAGGCGAAGGGGGAGGGGGAGAUGGCUGUUCUGAUGAAGGAGAAGGAGGCGGUGGAUGAGGUUAUGGAACAGGUGACGGUGAGGGAAGAGAAAGAAGAAGGAGAAGAAGAGGUGGAGGGAAAGAAUGAGUUGAUGGAGAAGGAGCAGGGGAAAGAAACAGAGGAAGAGGAGAUGGUAGUGGCGGAGGAAAAGGAGGAUGAGGUGGAGGAGGCAAUGGAGGAGGAGCGAGAUGUCACACUGGAGCAGGAGGCCAGUGCCAGUCCCAUGGUAGAGGAGCUGCAGGAGGAGAAAAAGUCAUCUCCAUCAGGUGAACCCGCUCAGGAGAUCCAGGUGACAGUCACCCUGACCGAGGGCGCAGAAUCACCCCAGCACUCCAGCGCAUCGCUUGUGGUAGAUUCUGACCUCUCCCAGCCCUCGCAGGCCUCAGUGGAUAACUCACCGGAGGCAGUGGAGGCCAUGGAAACUGAGACUGAGGCAGCGAAGGAUGCUUCCGCCGAAAUAGUGCCUGAAACGGAGAUGGAGGAGGAGAAAGAAGAUAUGGUGGAUGAGCAGCAAGCAGGGAGUCCUUCGAAGGAGGAGCACACCCCAUCACCUGAGGUGGUGGAGCAGCUUUCCUCACCUGUGCCGGUAGAGCGACUGCCUUCACCUAGAAUGGAAUCUCAUCCGCCCUCGCCUGCUGUGGAGUCCCAUUCGCCUUCACCUGGAGUGCAGGCUCGACUCCCCUCGCCCAAAAUGGAUGUAUCCCUUCUCUCACCUACAGCAGAGGCUUCCCCAUCCUCACCUACAACGGAGGUUCUCCCUUCCUCACCUCAAGUUGAGGUUGCCCCAUCCUCGCCUAAAUUUGAGGUUUCCCCAUCCUCGCCUAAAGUUCAGGUUUCCCCAUCCUCGCCUAAAGUUGAGGUUGCCCCAUCCUCGCCUAAAUUUGAGGUUUCCCCAUCCUCGCCUAAAGUUGAGGUUCCCCCAUCCUCACCUAAAAUUGAGGUUCCCCCAUCCUCACCCUCAGCUGAGGUUUCUCCACCAUCCCCUUCUGUUGAGGUUCUCCCAUCCUCGCCUAGAGUUGAGGUUACCCCAUCAUCACCUAAAGUUGAGGUUCUGCCUUCCUCGCCUGAAGUUGAGGUUCUCCCAUCCUCACCUAAAGUUGAGGUUACCCCAUCCUCACCUAAAGUUGAGGUUCCUUCAUCCUCACCCUCAGCUGAGGUUUCUCCAUCCUCGCCUAGAGUUGAGGUUACCCCAUCAUCACCUAAAAUUGAGUUUAGCUCCUCGUCGCCCAAUGCUGAGGUUCUCCCAUCAUCGACUAAAGUUGAGGCUAGCUCAUCGUCGCCCAAUGUUCAGGUUCUCCCCUCCUCUCCCUCGUCACCUUCAGUUGAGGUUUUCCCAUCUUCCCCUACAGUGGACACUCUCCCUUCCUCACUGACAGUGGAGGUCCGGUCUCCCUCACCUGUAAUAGAUGAGCAGGCCGCCUCACCUGCCGUUCAGGCACAUCCCUCGUCACCCAGCAGCAGAGGCAUCGAGGUGCCCAUGACCCCUUCAUCACCUGCAUCUGACUCAAACCCUCCCUCACCCAUCACAGAUUCAUGUUCUCGAUCGCUUGUCAUAGACUCACGCUCUCGAUCACCUGCCAUAGACUCACGUUCUCAGUCACCUGUCAUAGACUCACGUUCUCAGUCACCUGUCACAGAGGUGCUCACCGCGUUACCAUCUUCGGAGUCACAGCCCUCAUCCCCCAAGGUGGAGGAGCUCACCACUUCACCAAGACCUGGUAUGCUCUCACGUCCCUCAUCAACUGCUGUGGAAGUACCCAUCACCUCACCUCUUGUGGAGUCUCACCCUGUCUCAUCUGCCCUGGAUUCACAACCUGCCUCGCCGGUGGUGGAUUCACACCCUCCCUCGCCUGCAGUGAAGGAGCACCUUUCUUCUCCUGCAGGGGAGGAGCACCCUUCUUCUCCUGCUGUGAAGACGCACCCUCCCUCACCUGCAGUGAAGGAGCGUCCAUCAUCACCUGCAGUGAAGGACCAAACUUCUUCUCCUGCAGUGGAGGAGCACCCACUUUCACCUGCCAUGGAUUCACACCCAUCAUCACCUUUAGUUGAGGUGCACUCAUCAUCACCUGUUGUAAAGGUGCACCCCGCGUCACCUGUAGUAGAAGCACACCCCUCGUCGCCUGUCAUAGAUACACGCACCCACUCACCUGUUGUGGAUUCACACACCCACUCACCUGCUGUAUUGGCAGACGUCCACUCACCUGCUGUAUUGGCAGACUCGCCUCGCCACUCGCCUGCCGUAGAGGCACAGGCCCCCUCACCUCCCAUGGAGGUGUCCAUCCCCUCACCUGCCGUGGACCCCCACUCAUCCUCCCCCAUCAUGGAGGUGCCCACCCCCUCAUCUCAUCCAUCAUCACCUAUGGAGGUUCCUUCUGUAGAGCAGGACACUGUCAGGGACAGCGAGGACGAAUCUAUGGAGGUGUGUCUUUCUGGGCCGCCAUCAGUUGCUGAGAAGCCCGCCAGGGAGAAUGUUCUGGAACCUUCGGUUGUUCUGGAACCUUCGAUUGUUCUGGAACGUUCAAUUGAUAUGGAACCUAAAGUUGUUCUGGAACCUCUGCACAUUCUCAAAAUGGAUGGUAGUGAGCGACCUCCUAAGGAUAUAACCAUAACUAAAGACAAUCAGGAGGAGAUGUUGGUGCAGGAGGUGGCUGCAAAGAGGCAGGAGGUGGUGGUGGAGGAGGAGGAGGAGGAGGCCGAGGAGGAGGAGGAGGACAAGGCGGAGUUGUUGAGCAUUCUGCCUGAUUUGGACUCUAUACCUUCCCAGGAGCAUGACGACAUGGACACCACACCGGCCAGCGACCGCAGCUUCUCCGGCUUCAGCUCACCGGUCGGAGGAGAAGACAAGGGUCUCAAGUUCUCACCGGGAGUGUCGUCGGAGGGCUCAUGCAGGCUGGCACGCUCCCCUUUCUCCACCGAGGCCUCCCCAGUUCACAGCACCUCCAUGCCCACCCCUGCACCCACCCCUAUGCCCACGCAGCCACCACCACCACCACCCGUCAACACCACCUUCUUCCCCAUCACGCCUAAGAUCGGCAUGGGCAAGCCCGCCAUCUCUAAGAGGAAGUUCUCACCCGGGAGGCCGAGAGUGAAGCAGGGAGGCGCGUGGAGCAACCGUAGCGCGGUCGCGGCUCGCUCUCCCUCUUGGUCUCCCGACUACGGGGAGUGCGGUGGCGAGGGGCCCAGGACCAGGCAGUUCCAGCCCUAUCCCCAGCCCCAGCCCCAGCCCUCGCCCAUCUGGACCAUGAGAGUGGGUCGUGGGUCAGGGUUUCCAGGGAGGAGGAGGCCUAGGGGGGCCAACCUCUCAGGCCGAGGGGGCAGAGGCCGCUCCAGGCUCAAGACUGACCACAUCGCCCCCAUCAUCCCUGGGGUGCAUAUGGUGGAGCAGCCGUUUCUGGUGAAGGAGGAGGAGGAGAACAGCAUGCACAACACUGUGGUCAUGUUCUCCAGCUCAGACAGCUUCACACUCAAGCAGGACAUGUGUCUGGUGUGUGGUAGCUUCGGCCAGGGGGAGGAGGGUCGUCUGCUGGCCUGCUCCCAGUGUGGCCAGUGCUACCACCCCUUCUGCGUCAACAUCAAGAUCACCAAGGUGGUUUUGAGCAAGGGUUGGCGCUGCCUGGAGUGCACAGUGUGCGAGGCGUGUGGCCAGGCCACGGAUCCCGGGCGACUGUUGCUAUGCGACGAUUGUGACAUCAGCUACCACACCUACUGCCUUGACCCGCCCCUGCAGAACGUGCCCAAGGGCAGCUGGAAGUGCAAGUGGUGUGUGUCGUGUACCCAGUGUGGUGCCACGUCGCCAGGUGUGCGUUGUGAGUGGCAGUGUAACUACACCCAGUGUGGCCCGUGUGCCAGUCUGGCCGUGUGCCCCGUGUGUGUACGCAGCUACCGAGAGGACGACCUCAUACUGCAGUGCCGCCUCUGUGACAGGUGGGUGCACGCCUCCUGUCAGGGCUUGAACACUGAUGAGGAUGUGGAGAUUGCGGCAGAUGACGGAUUUGACUGCACCAUGUGCAGACUACACUUAGCCGGCCCAGGUGGUGUGACGGUGAUGCUCAGUGAUCGGAGCGAAACUCCCAUCGUGGCACAGAUCAUCACCAAAGUGAAAGAGCCAGAGUUCCAGAAGACGUACACCCAGGACGGAGUGUGUCUGACGGAGUCGGGCCUGAACCAGCUGCAGUCCCUAUCGGCCCCGGCCCAGAGGCGGCGGCGGCCCAAGCCCAAACUCAAGCUGAAGAUCAUCAACCAGAACAGCGUGGCCGUGCUCCAGACGCCGCCCGACCCGCUCUCCGAACUGUCCCGUGACGGGGACCUGGACGAUGGGAGAGAGGGUGACCUGCUUAUGGACUGCGAGGGCAAGUCGGACUCCAGCCCCGAGCGAGAGCACGCGGAGGUGGACGCCAAGGGGGAGGAAGGGGCCGACGGGUGCAAGAAGAGGAAGAGGAAGCCAUACCGGCCAGGUAUUGGCGGUUUUAUGGUGCGUCAGAGGAGCCGAACCGGCCAAGGCAAGACCAAGCGAUCGUUGAGCCGGAAGGACUCGUCUGGCUCGCUCAACGACAACCCUCUGGGGAAGGAGGAGGGCUGGAAUGAGCCAGACACACCUGUGGAUGAGACGGCGCCCCCCUUAGAGACGCUGGAGAACAAGAGGAAGAAAUACCGCCGCAAGAAGACCCAGCUGGAGGAGGCUUUCCCUUCUUACCUACAGGAGGCCUUCUUCGGUAAGGAUCUACUGGACAAGAGCAAGCAGAGCCGGCAGGCCCUUGAGCAGGGCCUGGGGCUAGGGCCCGAGCACGGGGCCCUGCUGCCGGAGACCAAGCCCCCCAGCGCCAGCAGCACCUUCCUGGACCCCUCCUCGGACCCACUCCUCAGCGCCACGGCCGCCAGAGCUGGAACUAACAGCAACAACAACGCCACCAGUGGCAGAUCCGCCAAGACCCACCGCACCCUACCAGCCCAGGCAGGGGAGGACUCGCUAGAGGAGCUGGUACUGGGGUCCGAUGACGACCUGCUGGGGAUGCUCUCAGACAACCUGGCCAAGCCAGGACAGGACUCAGGUCUUGAUUUCUGCCCUUUCCAGGUUGACCGCUCUGCCUCCCCGUUCGCCGGUCUGGACCUUGGUGGUCUGUCGGAGGACUCUUCCACAGCGGCUGCCCACCCGUCAGGCCCCGCGCGUGGGCCGCGACCCCUCCAGGAAGAGCCCCUGGACGCCAUCCUUAGCCCAGAGCUGGACAAGAUGGUGACCGAUGGUGCUAUUCUCAGCAAGUUCUACAAAAUUCCAGAGUUGGAGGGGAAGGACGUGGAGGAUCUCUUCACCGCUGUGCUGAGCCCCACCACCAGCCAGCCACCUGCACUCCCACAGCCUCCCACGCCCAAUGCCCUGCCAGGACCUCGAGGACCAGGAAUGCCAGGAGACGGCGGGAUGUUCCCCCGUGUGCCCAUGAUGAACGGCAUGAUGGGGCCCGGCCCAGGCUUCCCUCCAGGGGCCAUGGGGCCUGGCAGCGGCCCUGGAGGUCCCGCCGCCCAGGGCAACUUCUCCUCCCACCAUAGGAUGCCCUUCCCCGACAACAUGAGGGAGAAAAACUUCAACCAGAUGGGGGGAGAGAUGUCGAGCCAGUGGGGUCCAGGAGGCCCCGGGGGAGGAGGAGCAGCAGGAGGUGGAGGAGGAGGAGGAGGAGGAGGUGUCCCGUGUCCUAUGGCCCCUCCGGAGCCCGAGGCCGACACCAUGUCCAACGCCCAGCGCAGCACGCUCAAGUGGGAGAAGGAGGAGACGCUGGGGGAGCUGGCCACCGUGGCCCCCGUGCUCUACACCAACGUCAACUUCCCCAACCUCAAGGAGGAGUUCCCAGACUGGACUACGCGAGUGAAGCAGAUCUCCAAGCUCUGGAGGAAGGCCAGUUCCCAGGAGCGCCAGCCCUAUGUGCAAAAGGCGCGUGACAACCGGGCGGCGCUGCGCAUGAACAAGGUGCAGCUGUCCAACGACAGCCUGAAGCGGCAGCAGCAGCAACAGCAGGCCCCCGACCCCUUUGACCCCUUGGAGCCAGAGGUCAUCUUCAAGGACCCGCUCAAACACAAGGAGUCGGAACACGAGCAGGAGUGGAAGUUCCGACAGGGAGAGGUAAAUCUGAUGAGGGGACCCCUUAAGAAGCAGCAGGAAAAGGUCCCAAAAAGCAAAGCCAUAAAAUCAACAACAAAUAAAGACGUCCUUUUUGGACAUUCCAACCAGGCAACUAUAGCAGGAAGUGGCAGAAAUUCUCUGCAAAUGAGACAAAAGAGCAAACAGCAGGCGAAGAUCGAAGCCACUCAAAAGCUGGAGAAAGUUAAAAGUGAGCAACAACAGCUUCAACAGCAACAGCAGCAGCAGCAGAAUUUUAGCAGCGGUGGUGGUGAUGGUCAGUCUGGUGGGUCAAACACCCCAAACAGUGGCAACCAGAGCCCUAGGACCCCACAACCAGCCACGGGGGGCAAUGCCUCCCCACUACAGCCCAAAGACGGAGGCUUUACUCGGCCACAGCUGCCAGGCACGCCCACCUCCUCAUCUGAUGACGUUUUUCUGCGGCCUCAGCCCCCACCACCGUCCUCGUCAGCUGGCAAGACGCCCACUCAGGACGGGGCAUACAGUCAAGGGACGGCCUCCCAGCCCCAAUCGCCACAGAUGUUCUCCCCUGGGGGCUCGUCGACAGGAUCACGGCCCUCCUCGCCCUGGGAUCCGUAUACGAAGAUGGUGGGUACCCCUCGACCGCCUUCGUCUGGCUCCAGCACCCCACGGCGUGGCUCUGAUGCGCAGGAGAGGGGCCGGCCAUCUCCAGCCCACGAAGGCUUUGGCUCACCAACGUCAUCUGUUGACCCGUACGCUAAACCGCCCGACACCCCCAGGCCUGCGGAUCCAUUUGUCAAGCCCAUGGGUCCCCCUAGAAUGGGCAUGAUGGGAGAUCAGCAGCAGCAACAGCAGCAGCAACAGCAGCUGCCACCUCAGCAGCAGCUGCAGGUCCAGGGCAGGCACAUAAUGGGGCCCGGUGGCCAUCCAGGAGACCCCUUCGCCAGGCCCAAUCAGCGGGCAGAGAUGUAUCAGCGUAUGACCCACAACCGCAUGGUGCUCUCGGACCCUUACGCGCGCCCGCUGCUCACCCCGAUCCCCGGCAGCAAUGAGUCGGGCUCUGUGCCCCUCUUCAAGGCCCCCAUGCCUCCUGGGCAGCAGCAGCAGCAACAGCAACAGCAACAGCACAUGCAGCCGGAUAUGUUCGGUUCCAUGCUCCCUCAAGGACUUCGGCGGGGCCCUGGGGAGCUUUUUGACAGGCAGCGUCCAAGUCACCGGCCGGAUGGUUUUCAGCAGGGCCAGCAGCCUGAUCCAUAUGCCCAGCAGCCACUGACUCCCCACCCGGCUAUGGGAGGCGAUGGCUUUGGCAACGAAUCUCGAAUGAUGCGCCAACAGCAGGGUGGGCAUUUCCCCAUGACCAGGAAUCCAUAUGCGCAUGCACCAGGGACCCCCAGACCCGACUAUUCUCAGCAGAUGCCUGAUCCAUAUGCCCAAAUGCCGGGCACCCCUAGACCAUCGUCGUCGGACCCUUAUGCCCAGCAACCGGCCACACCACGGCCAUCCAUGGAUCCGUACGCCAUGCAGCCAUCCACACCACGACCAGUCCCCGUCGACCAGUUCUCCCAGCCUCAGCCGAUAAGUCGUCGGCAGUCACCGUCCCAUGCCAUGGACCCCUAUGCUCAGAUGCCUGGCACACCGCGACCUGGGCCAGGGGACCGGUACCCCAAAUCACCAGUGGCUCAGAGGGUCGUUGACCCCUAUGCCCAACCACCAGGUACCCCCAGGCCACAAAACAAACCGGACCCGUACGACCAGGCACCCAGCACGCCAAGGCCGGUUCUGACCGACCCAUACAGCCAGCCUCCAGGCACCCCAAGGCCUGCAUCUAGCCCAGAUGCCUUCACCAGGCCUGGCGGGUCUAGAACAGGCCCCAUGCCCCAUCCAGGAGACCCUUUUUUGCAUCAGGGCCAAGGGAGAAUGCCAGAUGCGUUUGCCAGGCCCCAUGGAUCUCAAACACCCAAGCACCCGGGAAUAUCAGACGACAGUUUCUCAUUGCCUCAAACGCCUCAUCCUAGUCAGACUCCAGUCCACGAUCCAUUUGAGCAAUCUCCCAUGACCCCUUGCCCUCAGGUCCCACCAUCACCUGGCACAGUGGAUGUCCAGGGAGUUAUGCAGCCCCAACUUGGUGAUCCAGAAGACAGGACAAAGCGCCAGUUAUUGCGGCAGCUUAUCCUGAGACAGCAGCAGAGGAAAGGGCAGCAGGAAGUUCCCCCCUCUGGGCUCCCCACUGGGCACCCCUCUGUGCCCCCAGCCGCCACUGGCCCCAUGGUCCCCCCUAGUGGACCGCCUGGAACGCCCCGCCACUGGUCGCAGGAGGACUCUGCCUCGGCCACACCACAGCCAGACAUUUUUGGCAGGCCCCCUCCCCCUUACCCGGGGACCAUGAGGGGACCCCCCAGGUUUCCCCCAGGACAGUUUGUUGGGGAGCAACACCAGCAGCCACCACAGCAGCUACAACGAGGGCAGUUUCCCCUUGAUGGACAGAUGCCACGUCCACCAUUUCCUAGAGAUAUGGCCGCCAUGGGGAUGAGACCGCAGGGCCAAAGAUUUCCGUUUCCUCCAGGGACGCCAGGGCAAGAGCAGUUUAUGAGACCCCCGCAUCAGAUGGGUCCAGGUGGGCCCAUGGUUCCUGACAACAUCCCCCCUCAGAUGCGCCGGUCCAUGUCCAUCGACCUGGCCCGACCCAUGGGGGUAAACCCCCAAAUGGGCAACCCCCAGAUGGGGGGACUCCCGCAGCACUUCCCCCCACGAGCCCUGCCCAUGCAGCAGCACAACAUCAUGGGCCAGCCUUUCAUCGAGCUGCGCCACCGGGCACCUGAGAACCGCAUGAGGCUCCCUUUCAGACCCAUGGGCCCUAUGGAUCAGCCCGGUCAAAGGCCCCCACAUGGCUUCAUGCCAUCUGGGCAGGAGAUGGGCUUCCCUGGCCCCCAGGGUCCGAGGAUGAUGGAUCCAAUGAUGGCACAGGCUCAGCAGCAGGGAGGCAUGGGUGCGAUGCAGAUGGGUGGCAACAUGGAGGCUAUGCAACAACAGCAACAACAGCAGCAACAAGCUAACAUGCAGAUGGCAUCUGGUCAACAGCAUCCUCCACUCAACAGGUCCAUGAGCCAGCCAGCCCAGCCGAGUGAGGCCUUGAAUGUGCCCCAGCCUGGUCUCCUUCCAGCAGCAGCAAGUCAGCCUGAGGAGCUCCCCCUUCCUACUGGAGAGGGCAUUGAGGAAAAGCUGGACACAGACGAUUCAGCUGUAAAGGACCUUGAGGACGUUGAGGUCAAGGAUUUGGUGGAUGAUGACCUUGAGACCCUCAACCUAGACGGUGAGGAUGGCCUGCACCUGGAUGACUUCCUGACUUCUGGGAAGUUUGACCUAAUUGCCUAUGCUGAUCCCGAGCUCGACCUUGACCUUGAGGACAAGAAGGACAUGUUCAAUGAAGAGCUGGAUCUCGCAGACCCUAUGGAGGACGACCAUGGAGAUGCUUCAGACCUUCACAAGGCUUUGUCUGAGAAAAGGAGCGCAAACACAGACGGAGCAACAGCUGCGGCUUCCUCCUCAUCUCAACCAAUAGGGAAAGCCGACAUCCCACAGGCGACCAAUCAGGUCAAGAAAGAGGAAGAAGGCCCAGCUGGUCUGCAUGGUGGAAAGACCAUUAAAACCGAGGGCCAAUCUUGCCCAGUGAGCAGCCAGGAGCCUGGAGGUGGCAUUUCCGGACAGCCCUCCUUGAACAACAGUGGACUCCCAGGCGAUCACACCAGCCUGUUUGGAGCCUCUGCCGACCCACUGUCUGGUUCUGCACCAGUUCUCUCCAGCUUGCUCAUCAAAGAGAAGAGAGAGGACCAGGGACUUGGUGCCGUUAUACCUCCCCACUCAUCUGCCCACGGUCCUGGCCUCCAGCAACACCACCAGAACAUGGCCAUGAUGACAGGCCAGACUCUGGAUCAUGGCAUGAACCCAGCCAUGGGUAUUGGCAACAGGAUCGAUCCUGCCCUAGCCCAGGUAGCACCGCCAAUGCCCCCCAACCCUCAAAUGAUGCAGAUGCAUCCUACCAAUCCCAGGAUGCAGGUCCCAGGGUUCGGUGGGCCUGGUGGUCCACAGGUUGACCUGAACAUGCCCCCCAUGAUGGGCGGUCAGCACCCCGUCCCUGUUCCUCCCCACGGCAUGGUCCGUCAAGCCCAACCAGGGAUGUUCCCCAUUGGUGGCAUGGGCCAACAGCAACAGGCCCUACCACAGCAGCAAAUACCACCACCUCAGGUAUCCGUCGCUCCUCCUCAGCAACCUCCGGUUUCAACGUCACAGCAGCAGCAGCUGCAGCUGCAGCAGAACAGGCCCUUGCUCCUAGACGAGCAGCCCCUCUUGCUGCAGGACCUGCUGGACCAGGAGAGGCAGGAGCAGCAGCAGCAGAGGCAGAUGCAGGCCAUGAUACGACAACGCUCAGACACAUUCUUCCCAAACAUUGACUUUGAUGCCAUCACGGAUCCCAUCAUGAAAGCCAAGAUGGUGGCUCUGCAGGGCAUUAAUAAGGUCAUGGCACAGAACCCGCUGGCUAUGGGCCCCAUGGUGAUGAACAGGAUCCAGCAAAUGCCAGGCCCUCCCGGCCCAGAUGCUACUGGCGCCCCACAGCAACUGUUUGGACAGGUAUCGCACGAGACUAGAAUAUCAGUUCUCACGCAGCACACUGACGAUACGGACGGAAAGCUGACGCCACAGCUGGCCAGGCCUAAUCCUCCCAAUUUUGGCCCAGGAUUUGUCAACGAUGCCCAGCGUAAGCAGUAUGAGGAGUGGCUGCAGGAGACGCAGCAGCUGUUGCAGAUGCAGCAGAAGUUCCUGGAGGAGCAGAUCGGCGCGCACCGCAAGUCCAAGAAGGCGCUGUCGGCCAAGCAGCGCACCGCCAAGAAGGCCGGACGCCUCUUCCCCGAGGAGGACGCCGAGCAGCUCAAGCACGUCACCGAGCAGCAGAGCGUGGUGCAGAAGCAGCUCGAACAGAUCCGCAAGCAGCAGAAAGAACAUGCUGAGCUCAUAGAGGAGUACAGAGCCAAGCAGCAGCAGCAUGGCAUCCAGCACCCCAUGAUGUCCCCCCUGCAGGGCAUGCCACCCCAGGGCCCUGCUGGUAUGAUGCCAGGCCCCGGCCCCAGCCCCUUGCCCGGCCCAGGACCAAGGCCCAUGUCCGGCCCAGGCCCCAGGCCCAUGAAUCCAGCCAUGAUGGGCCCAAUGAUGGGCAUGCCACCCCACCACCCGGGCCAGCCCAACCCUGGGCAGCCGCCGCAGCAGCCCAUGCCCCCCAACAUGCCAGGUUGGCACCCCGCCGCCGGGCCUAGGGGACCCAUGGUUGGGCCUCCGGGCCCAGGAGGACCCAGGAUGCCACCUCACAUGGCGCCCCAGAUGCCGCCCGCUAACCCAGCUCAGCAGGUUCCUGGCCAGGUUCCCCCUGUCGGACCCCCUAUGGUGCCCGGUGCUGUCGGACCCCCUAUGGUGGCCGUUGCUGGUGGAGUUCAGGGGAAGCCCACUCCGAUGGGCCCGGCUGGCAUGGGUGUUGCAGGGGUACCUCCUGGUGGCGCAGUAGGACCAACAGGACCAGGAGGUGGUGCUCCUCCUAGCAAUGGUGGUGCUGGUGGUGCUGGUGGUGCCGCCGCUCCUCACGUCAAUUUCGACGACAACAACCCGUUCAGCGAGGGCUUCCAGGAGCGUGAGCGCCGGGAGCGUCUGAGGGAGCAGCAGGAGAGGCAGCGGGUGCAGCUGAUGCAGGAGGUGGAGCGGCAGCGUGCCCUGCAGAAGCAGAUGGAGAUGGGAGGCGGCAUGGUGGCUGGGGUGGGAGUGAACACCUCGCCCUCCACCACCGUCACAUCCAGCGUGCCCACCCCCAACGCCACCCUGUCCUCCACUGCCAACGCCGGACCUCUGAGAGAUCCCAGCUUGUCUCAGAUGCCUUUCUUCAACAGCGAGCUGCCACAGGACUUCCUGCAGCCUCCUAGACCACCUCAUAAUCACCAGCAGCAGCAGCAGCAGCAACAGCAGAUGGGAGGCAUUUUCCCGCAGAGCCAGGCACCACAGCAGGCUGGUAUGGAGUUCACGGGUGUACCUGCCCAGGGCUUCAGGCAGGGUAAUCAGCAGAGGCCUGGUCCCGGUCCCGGGGCAGGUAAUGGUGGCUUUAGCCCGGACAUGGGUCCCAUGGGCCGGGGAAAGAGCCCCAUGAUGUCUGGGAACGGCUUCCCUCCUCAGGGACAGCCCCCCAGGCCUACCGGGUUCAGUGGACCUCCCUUGGCCGGCAGUGGUGGUGGUGGCGGCCAUCCGCUGACUCCCACCGAUGGCGGGUCUUCUUCGUUUGGUAUGGACUCUCCCUCCACCCCUCUGCCGCCCAACUUCCCCGGCUCGGGCCAGUCCCUGAUCCAGCUCUACUCCAAUAUCAUCCCGGAGGAGAAGGGCAAGAAGAAAUGCAACCGCAAGAAGAAGAAGGAUGCCAACAACGACGACGCCGAUGCCGAAUCCAUCCGGACGCCCUCCACGCCGCACUCGGACCUCACGGCACCGCUCACCCCGCUCACGCCCUCCACCCCCACGCGGCCCGACCCAUCCUCCUCCGACCCGCUCGGCCUCAACACUCCCUACCCUGGUCUCGCCCCCGCCUCAGAGCUGGAGCGUCAGCUCUCGUCCAUUGGAGCAGGUGGCGGAGGAAUGGGAGGAGGGGGGCUCGGUGGCCCAUCGAUGCCCAGUCGUCACUUCAUGGGCGCCGGCUCAGAAAUGAGACUCGGUGGGCAGCAGCUGGAGGUGAAACUGGAGAAGCUGGACGCCAGCGAGUGCCACGGGGGCUCCACCACAGGAGAUCACCACCGGAUGGUCAAGCAGGAGGAGGCUUGUGUAGGCCUCCAAAGCCCCCCGGGAGGACACGGCCUGAGCGGGGAUGGCCAUUCCUGCAGAGGGAACAGCAACGGCAACAGCAACGAUACGGCAGCAGCCAGCAACGAGCUGCUGAAGCAUCUUCUGAAGAACAAGAGCACCCCUCCUCCGCACGGCACCCCCCAGCAUCAGCAUCAGCACCAGCACCAGACGCCGCCUAGGCUGCAGCACCAGACCUCGGUGGAGAGCCUGCGCUCGGAGGACGACGCACCUGCCGACAACAAGAACGCAGCGCUCAAAAUGGGAAGUCCAGGUGCAAUUAAGCCAGAGCUCCUGGAGGCCUCCGUAUCAGAUCAGGGCAAGCGUAAGCAGCAGCAGCGCUACAAGCGCGGGCCCAAGGCUGGCAUGGAGAAGCCACCCUCACGCUACAAGAAGAGGAAGAAGGAGGAAGAGGAGCGGCAGAUGGUCUACUCCAACACUGACUCACUCAUGAGCCAGCUCAAGCAGUUGUCCAUGCUGCCCCUGAUGGAGCCUCUGAUUGGUGUGAACUUUGCCCUCUUCCCGCCGUACGGUAGCGGCGCCGGGCAGCUGAACGGAGAGAACCGCCUCUCUGGCUCCUUUGGCAGCGCCACGCUGGACGGAGCGUCCGACUACUAUUCUCAGCUCGUCUACAAGCAGAGCAACCUGAGCAACCCCCCCACCCCGCCGGCCUCUCUGCCCCCGACCCCGCCGCCCGUAGCUCGCCAGAAGAUGGUCAACGGCUUCGCCACCGCUGAGGAGCUGGCCAGGAAAGCGGCACUCAUGGGACAUAAGGCCAUGGGUGCCAAGCCUCUGCCCACUUCAUACCACCCGGAGGAGGACCUGCUGGCCCAGACGCUGGCGCACGGCCCCAAGACCGUGGACGUGCCCGCCUCCCUGCCCACCCCACCCCACAACAACCAGGAGGAGCUCAGGUGGGCACCGCACAACGCCUACAGGCUGCUGGGGCCCAGAACGUCACAAGAUCAGUGUUCGGACAGGGACUCGCCUGACAGCUUUGUGCCGUCCUCGUCACCCGAGAGUGUGGUUGGCAUGGAGAUCAGCCGCUACCCAGACCUGUCACGCGUCAAACUGGAGCCCCCAUCGCCCUGCUCAUCACCUGUACUACCCAUGAUACCCUCCGCCAGCGGGAAAGCUUCAGAGAUCAUGAAAGUGGAGGUGAAGACGGAGCCUUCUGGAUCUUUCUUUGGUUCUUCGUUUGGCCUGCCGUCCUCCUGCUCCAAGAGUGACCUGGUGUCCAUCGCCAUCACACUCAACUCAGCCGCUGCAGAGAAUGUUCCCGGGGUAGUGGCGGCGGUGGCCAACCUGUUGCGUGUGCCCGUGCCUAGCACGUACGAUGAGACGCCGCGUGUCCCAGAGCGGAGCUCCCUGGCCCUGUUGGCAGGAGUGAAGGUGCCCCCCACCCAGGGCGGCCUCUUCUCUGAGCAGCACCUCCAGAGGCCCCGGGCACAGGCGCCAUCCUCCGGGGCCCCAGCCAGCACGGCCCAGGGCCCCCUUCAAGCCCCAAGGGGCUCCUCCAGCACGGGCUCAGCUGGGCGUCAGGACCAUGGCUUGGGGAACACCACCGGUGGCACUGGCAACACGGGCACCAGACCCCAGUGGUGUGCCCACUGCAAGGUGGUGGUACUGGGAAACGGAGUCCGCAAGGUCACCAAGGACCUGCCCUGUGCCAAACUGGAGGGUCAGGUGAAGUCGGAGGUCAGCCUGGUGUUCUGCAGCCACAGCUGCUCUCUGCUCUACGCCGCCGCCCUUCAGGCCAAGACGCACGACACCAAGCCGCCUGUUACCACUCAGCCAUCGGAGGCCAUGUCCCCCAUGGGCAGCCCCACCACCACCGCCACCCCUCCGGCCGCCACCAAGGUGCUGCAUGCCUACAGCAACAACAUGUCCACCCUGGACGUGCACUGCCUGGCCCAGCUGCAGCCCAAGCCCUCGCCCCCCUCCAGCCCCCCCAUCCACUUCCCCACCCUCUCCCCUGCCGCCAGCAGCACCCCCUCCAGCAGCGACCCGCCAAAGCCAGACCCCGGCACCCCGGCGCUCAAGUUCACCGUCAAGCUCAAGCCUCGCCCCCGCGCGGUCCACGGUGGAGACGACGGGAGCGGCAACACGGGCCACCACCACCGGGCCCACCACAUGCCCGCCAAGCGCUGGAAGGGCCACCGCUGGCGCAAGUGGAGCGUGCAGAUCCUGGUGGCGCGCAGCGGGGCGCCGCCGGAGCCCACCAAGGCGGCCUGGCAGCUGGGCGGGAAGCUGCCCAAGGAGGGGCCCGGGGCCACCUGGCUCAGGCCCGAGCCCAAGGCCAGGGACCGGCGGCGCUGCUGCCUGUGCCAGCAGCAAGGGGACGGGGAGACGGACGGCCCCGCCAGGCUCCUGAACCUGGACCUGGACCUCUGGGUGCACCUGAACUGCGCGCUGUGGUCCAGCGAGGUGUACGAGACGCAGGCCGGCGCCCUCAUCAACGUGGAGCUGGCACUGCGGAGGGGCCUGGCGCUCAGGUGUGCCCACUGCCAGUUGCCCGGUGCUACCAGUGGCUGCCACCGGCUGCGUUGUACCAACACCUACCACUUCACCUGCGCCCUGCAGGCCCACUGCAUCUUCUUCAAGGACAAGACCAUGCUAUGCAGCGUUCACCGGCCCCGCGGCUCUGAGAGGGGCGAGAGAGGAGCCGACAGAGGAGACAGAGGAGCAGGCCUAGGUGCAGGUGGUGGCAUGGGCGUCCUUCCUGGCCUGGACCAGGAGCUGCGCUGCUUCGCCGUGUUCCGCCGCGUGUACGUGCAGCGUGACGAGGUGCGCCAGUUGGCCAGCGUGGUGCGUGGCGGGCGCGGCGGCGAGCGCGGCGACAGCACCUUCCGCGUGGGCAGCCUGGUGUUCCACGCCGUGGGCCAGCUGCUGCCCGGCCAGAUGCCCGCCUUCCACUCGCCGGCCGCCAUCUUCCCCGCCGGCUACGAGGCCAGCCGCCUCUACUGGAGCAUGCGCAAGGCCCAUCGACGCUGCCGCUACGUCUGCUCCGUGGACGAGCGCCACGGCAGGCCAGAGUUUAGCAUCCGCGUGCUGGAGCAGGGAUACGAGGAACUGGUGCUCACCGAUACUACAGCUAAAGGUGUGUGGGACCAGGUGCUGGGGCCUGUGGCUGAGCGGCGUAAGGAGACUAGCAUGCUGAAGCUCUUCCCCAUCUACCUGAAGGGAGAGGACCUCUUCGGCCUCACCGCGUCCGCAGUCACGCGCAUCGUAGAGUCGCUCCCUGGGGUGGAGGCGUGUGAGCGUUACACCUUCCGCUACGGCCGCAACCCCCUGAUGGAGCUGCCCCUCGCCAUCAACCCCACCGGCUCCGCUCGCUCCGAACCUAAGGCAUGCACUCAUGUCAAGAGGUUUGUGUUAAGGCCUCACACCCUCACCCUGAGCGGCAGUUCCGCCAAGAGCCUGCAGGGUGCGCCAGCUCCUCUGGAGAUGGGUGGCGUCCCCUCCUACAGCAAGCACGUUGUCCACAGCAAGUCCGCCCAGUACCGCCGCAUGAAGGCCGAGUGGAAGACCAACGUCUACCUGGCUCGCUCACGCAUCCAGGGCCUGGGCUUGUACGCGGCGCGGGACAUUGAGAAGUACACCAUGGUCAUCGAGUACAUCGGCACCAUCAUCCGCAACGAGGUGGCCAACCGCAAGGAGAAGAUGUAUGAGGCCCAGAACCGUGGAGUCUACAUGUUCCGCUUUGACAGCGAGCACGUCAUCGAUGCAACCAUCACAGGAGGACCGGCCAGAUACAUCAACCACUCGUGUGCGCCUAACUGCAUAGCAGAGGUGGUGACGCUGGAGCGCGGACACAAGAUCAUCAUCAGCUCCAACAGACGCAUCCAGCGAGGAGAGGAGCUGUGUUACGACUACAAGUUUGACCUGGAGGAUGACCAGCACAAGAUCCCCUGUCACUGUGGAGCAGUCAACUGCCGCAAGUGGAUGAACUGAACUUAACUGAAGAGCCAAGCCAGGAGAGGAGAGGAGCGGAGCGGAGCGCGGCUGGACUGGAGUAUGGAGGGUGCAGGAGGCCUAUAGGGCAGCCAAGACUCCAGCACACAUGCCUACAUUCCUACUUGUUGUUUUGUUUUAUCAGCUAUUGCUCCACCCUCUCCUUCCUUUCGUUUAAUUGUUAUCGCUACUAUUAACGUUUUAUUGUCUCCCGUCUUCUUUUUUUUUCUGGGGAAGGGAGAGUUGUGUGACGUUGUGUCCAGCAACUAAUUAAAGAGACUAUCAUCAGGGCAAGAGACUGACCACAGAACUGUUGUACACAAUGUGACUGAUUGGGGUCGGGUCAGGAGAGAGGGCACAGGCAUCAGGAGCUGUCAGAUCUCCGAAACGCUGAGAGGCACACAUGGCAUGAUGGGACACUUUUGGUCAGUAGAGGUGGACAGGCGGACGGGGCGGGUUCAUCUCCACUCCCAUCCACUAAACUGAGCAGAACAACACUGACAGCAGUGCCUAUCACAUGAGUUCAAACCCAGACCCCUCUAAGCAGACACAGGACAGCAUGAGGAGGGGCAGUGGUGUUAUAGUUUGAGUUUGUGUGUCGGUGAGGUGAGGGGGAAGACGUUUGUUUUUACGGGAGGGUUGAGAGACAGAUCGAGGAGGAGGGCAGAGGACCGGUAUGGUCACCAGCUGAUCUGGAGAACAGUGUGCUGGUCGCAGCCUUACUAUAGUACUGGAGAGGCAGGAUCCUCUGCACUCAAAUAGAAAAUAAGACAUCAAAAAUAAAAUAAAAUAAAAGCAGAUAUAUACAGAAAUCUAGUUACAGAAAUGUAGAACGCCACUGAACAAGGAAUGUAAGGAGGAGGGGAAAUUCCUUUGGGAUCGAACUAAGGGAAAAACAAAACUUGCACUAAAAGAAAAAAAUAAACAAAAAAACAUUUACAGUUGAAAUACUUGAUUCCAUGAGUCAGUUUAUUUUUGUCCUUUUUGGUUGUUGAUUUCUGUAAAAUAAGAGGUCUUUUGUAUUUAUUAUCGAAUGAAGCUAUUUUUUAAAUGCCGGAGUUAAAGAAGAGAGUGUAGGCAUGGCUUCUUUUGCCUGCGUAGAGGGGUGAGAUGUGUUACUUUAUACCACAAUGUAAAUAUUGUCUAAAAAUAUCUAAAUAUAUGAAAAAAAUGAAAAUCGUGUUAAAAAUGUAGAAAAAAAAAUCGACCAAAUGCUACCUUAACUUCAUCAGAGCUGUUUGGGGGACUGUUCUUUUUGGUUUUCAAAUACAAAAGAAAGAAAGAUAUUUAAGGAUGUCAUAAUAUCAUUUGAGAUUCUAUGUUGUGUAUAAAUCUGUACAGAAUGUGUAAAAAAACACAAAUCAGAGUAUUUUUGUUGUACUUCAGAAUGUAGUGUGGAUAUUGUCUAAAACUUUUCUUUUGGCCACUUGAAGAAUGAUUCCUUGCUUCUAUCAUUUUUAUUUCCGACUUUGUAAUUGUUAAGCGCAAUCAGACCGCACCAAUCACGAGAGAAUGUUUUUCUUUGAUGAGAGUUUUGUGAAUACCUUGGGGUUGCAGAAUAGUAGAAAACUGUGAAUUAUAUCUUCUUUUCUUUCCCAAGGACUCAAAAACGACAAUGUCCAACUCCAGAACUAGUUGGCUCAAUCUUUUUUUUGUUCUUCCUUUCCCUUAUCAUUCGUGUGAAUGCCAUGCUUACUGAUCCAUGUUGAACACAAUGUCUGUGUAUCUAAUACAAGCUGCAUAAAAUCUCAUUGAUUUCAUAAAAAAAAGUACAAAUAUAAAAAGGUGUAAAAUAAUUUUUAUUUUCUGUUUACAUUUGCUUUGACAGAAUCGCGUUGUUAGUGUCAAUGAAAUGCGCUGAAGACUUGGUAUAAUUUCUAUUGUUUUGGAGUUUGGAACACCUUUACUGGCACCUGUUCACCAGUAAGAAAUGAAGUCAGUUUUCUUUGGGUCUGCCGAUCUGUGGACUACAAGCAUUGAUGGGCUCGCACAGUCUUCGACUUGUAACAUACUUUUUUGCAUGGUGUAUUUUAAAAAAAAAGACUUUCAGAUGGAAUCAAUUGUACAUACUUUCUCUGGUUGUAAUGAAUUUUUUUUGCCACUUGGGAAUUUUGUUCUCUCUACUUGUACAAUAGCCAUCCUAACAGUAUUUGUCUCCUUUUUUCUUUGUUAUGUAUAGUAGUACCUAAUGUUUCAAAAUGAAGCCUUUUUGAAUUAUACAGAGUGUGAUGGAUUUUGGAGUUUGUGGAAUCAGAUUUAGGAACAUUUACAAAAAAAAUAAAUAUUUUACAUCUUACA